CGCAGUUCCACUUCUCUUUGCCCGUGCCCCAUUAACCUCGCGAUUACGGAGUGAUUAAUCACGGAACGGAAAGGAGCAGCGAUUAGCUCCCGAAUCCACAUGAAGAUCAGCGCAGAUCUGACCGCCGAUUAACAUAACCCUUUCCCCCAUCAUCAUGGUAACCCAAAAGUCGCAAAAGCUCUAUGCAGGCGGCUUUGUAGCCUUGCUGCAGGCUUUGCUCUCUGCUUAGCUAGUUCUUGACAUCUUGUGUGCGGUGGCCGUCGGCUUUUUAGUCUCUGCACCCCUCCCCACCACCUUGUGCCUCCCCUUCCUUCUUCAACAACGCCUUGACAGCCUCAGCCCUCAAGGCCACUCCGCUCACACUGCUCGCUGCGAGGGCUAGCCGAAGCAAAGAGGAGCGGGAGAAGAAGAAAUGGGAGCUGUGACGCUGUGCGACGUGGUGCAAUGCCAAUGCUGGUUCCUCGUGUUGCUGCUCUGCUUCCAGCUCCUGCACCCAUCACAAGCUUUCGAGCUGCGCGGCGGCUACGACGAGAAAAAGGUCCCAUUGACUGCCAUCGUACCGGACCCAUCGCCGGAGCUGUCCGGCAUGUCCCCAGCCCCGCUGGCCGCGCCGCCGCGGGUUUCAGGAGUUGGAGACGACGACAUGCGGCCGAGGCUGCCGACGGAGCGGUGGAGGCGGGGGCGGGGCGAGGUGAGGCGCGGUGCGCACGCCCCGACGGCAUCGGCUGGCUCGGCGCGCGCUCCCUCCCCCGCCCCCGCUGAGGCCGAGGCGCCGGCGCCGGACUCCGGGAGCGGCGCGGCGUUCAUCAGGAGCAGCCCGGCCGUGCCAGUCCCGCGCAGCGUGACGGACACCGCCACCAUCCUGCCCAUGCCCGCCCCAGGCGAAAAGCGGCAGGAGAUGGGGGCGGCCACUUCGGUUCGAGCCGGGAUGGUGCCGCUGAUGCUUGGGUUCAUCGUGAUGGCACCUUUUGGGCUUUAAGCUAGCAAUAGCGAUUCUACUGUUUGCAUGCUCAUUGUAAUAUUAAAUCUUAUCCAUCUAUUUCAAAUCGAAGAUCGAAUGUCUCACAUCGUUUUAAAAUCACUUUAACUUCAUUUACUGUGAAGUCAAUGAUCCCAAUUCAAAUAACAUAGAUAAAGCUUGUUCCUUUAUCUUCUUUCUCCCGUUUCUUC